UUCUAACGAAAGCAAACUUCACAUCUAUCAGCAGGUCGCCAGCUAUUCAAGACUAUCUUCAGACAGUUCGCCAUAGUUCUUUCCCGUGUGUCACCGCUUACAGCAAGACAGAAAAUGCCGUCUGUAACUCUCAAAGACGUGGAUCAGCACAAGUUCGUCAAGGCGUUUGGCCAAUUCUUGAAAAAGACCGGUAAACUACGUGUACCGGAAUGGGUCGACUUGGUAAAAACAUCCAGAGCUAAGGAGUUGGCUCCAUAUGAUCCCGACUGGUAUUACGUUAGAUGUGCUGCUGUUAUCAGGCACAUUUACCAUCGGUCCCCCGUUGGCGUAGGAUCAAUCACGAAAAUCUUCGGUACUCGUAAACGUAACGGUACCAAGCCUUCCCAUUUCUGCCGGUCCGCUGGAAGCAUUGGACGCAAAUCCUUGCAGAGUCUAGAAGCCCUUAAACUGAUUGAGAAAUCAGGAGAUGGAGGCCGCAAAUUGACCCAACAAGGCAGACGUGAUGUGGACCGCAUCGCGGCCCAAGUUAAAGCAAAAGACAGGAAAGUCCUGUCAGCUAGUGCUGUCUUAACUUUGUAGGUGUUUAAAAAAAUACAAUAAUGAAUUAAA